UUUAGCAAUGAUUGGCAUCUUCAUUAUCGCCGGCACAAUCACCACUAUGACAGUACAUGUAGAUAUAGGCCCUAGUGUCAUAGUGUCAUUUCGUAUAUCACUGGGCAUUGCCUGUUGUCACAACUGUCAAUAUCAAGACAGCCAUAUCGGAAACAGAAUUCUCAAAUUCAAUAAUUCGGAGCAAAGCGGACCAAGAUGCUGCAGCUGUGUCUCCUCAUACCAAUCUACAGCCUAGUGAUCGAGGCUUUGAACGUAGGACCGCACUGCCAAGACAAGCCAUGCAUCAAGGGUUGCUCACGGGGCCUGGAGCGUUAUUUCAACGGCAUAGCGAACCACGUCCUGCCCGGCCACGUCUACGGUAACCUGACGGUAGCUUCGCGGGUCCUGUGCGGCAGGGAGUGUCUUAUCGAUGAUCGUUGCUUCUCUUUCCACUACUCGGAGGGGAAGAGGCGGUGUGAGCUGAACGGGGCUACAGCGUCGCGAUACCCGUUAGCUCUGAUUGAGAGAACCGGUACCAACUACUACGGUCCAGAACAGGCAAGUUUUGCCAAUCUGCUAACAAAUGAAACGGAGGAAAAAGGUCCAAUAAGCCUGACUGACUGUCGGUUCUAUAAUCACCCAUCAGCCGCCUCCGAGUGCAACAAGACCGGCCAACACCUCUGCCUUCGUUGGGAACUUGACCACGCCUCUAAUGAGGGAUACCCGGCCACGCCUCCCUACGGCUCAUGGUACGCUGAUCCUGACAGCCAGGCCGUGCUGACCGAGACCAGAGUGACCUACCACGACCUGCCGCUGACCAGCCCGUCUCCCGGCUUGUGCUGCUCCCUCCCGAUGACCUACCGAGACCCAGUCAUUACUCCGCAGAGCUACGAGCUCGCAGACCGUGCUGGGCAGGCCAGCGGUUGUUCCGACCUGGCAGCUCAUCCCUGCACCCUGGCCGAGCUGAAGGAGGCUUACGAUCGAGGUUACAGAUCGGUAGACUGGCUGUACUUCGAGAUACCCAACCGUGAUGCAUCAGUUGUUGGAUGUGGUGUGUAUCAUUAUGGCGACGAAUGUUACCAAGAUACCAUAGGAAAUACACCAAGGCCAGGUGCGCCUAGGGAAGUGCUCUGCUGCCCAAAUCGUGCCUGACUCUCCAUCGGUCGGCCUACACUAGCACUUUGUAGUUGAAGUUUAUUUUAUUGAACUGCGUUUCGAUAAACAAGUAUCGAGUAUAAUUAUAUUGAAUUAGUAUUUUAAUUUGCGGUGGGGAUGUAGUGUUAAGAGGACUGUGAUAAGCGUUUGAGUUAUGGACAUGGAAGGGCACACUAUCGGCAUAAGUAUUAUUAUUUUUGUUCAGAUUUUCUAGGAACUUUAGCCUAAACCAUUUGCUAUCAUUUAAAAGCUCCGGAAUAGUCAUUAUCAUUGUAAUAAUU